UUUAUUUGCACAUCUGACAAGUUGUUUAAGUUUUAUUUGGUACAAUUAUUUAAGACGGUAGAAAACAGAUAAAGACAACACAUGAAAGUCUGUUUGUUAGACUUUAAGACAGCAGAAAGGCAACAUUGAAUAUGGAGACAUCAAGUAGGGAGACCCAGAAGAAUCCAAUCGAAGCUCUAAGUAAAGAUGAACUCAUCGGCAAAUACAAGGGACUACUUGGAAUUGCCAAGAAAGCAAAGCAAGCCAAAGAUGAGCUCGUUGAAGAAAAUCGGCAGCUGAAGGACGCAUUAGCCAAGGCAGCUGCGAAGCAGAGCAGUCUCCCAGCAAUGCAAGAGAUGCUGCAGGAUUUCACCGACAAGAACCUCAUUUUAACUGAGCAACUGAGCUCCCUACAGCGCAAGACCAAAGAAGAUGCCGACCGAUUACAACAAUAUGAAAUCGAAAAUGAAAGCCUGAAACGUCAGCUGGGGCGUUUGAGCGAUGAAAAUGAUGGUCUGUUAGCGGACAUCGAGCGCAUGGAGCAGGCCAUGCAACAAGUUAAUGCACUGGGCGCCGAACAGCGCAAGAAUCUUGAGCUGCUCGAACUGGAUAUUGUUAAAAUGAAGGAGGCUGAGGCGCAAAAUGUCAAUCUAAGACAACAGAUCGAAAGUGCAACAGAGGAGGCAAAUCAGCGGGCCACUGAACUUGAGGAACUGAAACAAAAGUACGAUUCGGUCAAGCAAAUAAACUCGGAGCAGCGUAAGAAGUUCAAUUCACUUAAAGAUAGGUUUAUUGACGUGCACCGCAAGUUAAAGAACCUGAAGGAAUGUAAGUGCGUUCUGCUCGAAACACAGCACGAAUAUGCUGCAUCAGUAUCCAAGUGGCAACAAGAGAUUGUUAAGGCAUCGCAGCUCCUGUGUGCCAAAAUGAACGCCCUGCAGCAGGAGAAUACACAGCUAAAGGAACGAUUGCAAGCGGCUCAACCAAUCAACCAGGUUUCGGGCAAUAAUAAACGGUUGCUGCAGAAAGUUUAUGAAAUGGAGCGUUUAUCCAAGAUAAUAAAGGAGCAACAGCAACCGCAGAAGCAACACAAGCAGCAACAAAAUCAGCUUCCACAGAAUACACUAGACAUUGAUCGUGUGCUCUCCAAGUUGAGUCGCGUGGAACAGCUGACGAGCAUCAUCAAGGGACAGCAGAUCUCGCAGCAAUCAGUGCAACCUGUCAGCACGUUUAAUUCAGUAUACUUCACUGAAAAACUAAAUCAAAUGCAACGCCUGUCUCAAGUAUUGCAAGAGGAGCGCAGCCAACAGGACUGCGCAAUGAAUGCAAUGAAGCAGCAACAUGAGCGGGAGAAUGCGGAACUGGAAACAAACUAUGUGGAGCUGCGACAGCAGAAUGAAGACUUGCAGACGCGAUACCAGAUGAAGGAAAACGAACAUACUGAGUUGCUGGCCGAGAUGCGAGAGCUGAACGAGGCGCUAAAGGCGCGAGGAGAUGUCAUCUCACGCAUGCAGGAGCAACAUGACAAGUGUCGCAAGGAGCUGCAAACUCUAACAGAAAAUCUAACUGAAAAAUCAAAGCAGCUGGAGCAACUGCAGAGCAGAAUUGACGAAAUGGAGCAGCAUGAGCAUAUGAAUGGGGAUGCCCAGAGCGAUGUACUAUCCACGUCUACAAUCUCACGAGCCGAGGAAUUGAAUCGCUUGCGCGAACUCGACGAUGGCUACGAGGAUAAAUACAAUAAGCUGCGUUCGCUGGCCAUGAAGUUAAAAAAGAAGCUGCAAGAGCAAACGCAACAAAUCCAAAACAUGGAGCAAGCUGGAGCAGCCAAACUGGAGGCUGAAGUGGAGGCCAUUAAAUCGGCUCAGGUGCAGCUGCAGCAGGACUUGAAUGCAGCACGCGCUGAGAACCAGAAACUCAAAUCCAAGGACAAGUCAAAGAGUUCGAAUGUGUUGAACCUGGAAAUUGAGGCCGCCGAGAAAUCGCUCUCUGAAGUGAGUGCAAAACUGUUGGCCAAGAGCACAGAAUUGGAAGCGCUCAGAGAAACGCUUGUCAGUAAGGAGAACACUAUUACGCAGCUUCGCCAGGAGAUUAGCAUAUUGGAACAGGCGCAAGAUGGAGAGGCAGCACAUUGCAAGCAACUGAAGCAGGAAAUCGAUAGAAUGCAGGCACAACUGAAGGACGCUGUACACGGCAGGCAGGAGGCAUUGUUUGGCAAAAAGGAGCUUGAGCAGAGUCUGGAGCAGCAAAAGUUGCAGGUGGAUGAAAUCCGACUGCAGCUAGCUGAGAGCACCCAGCAAUACGAGAGCAAGCUCAAACAUUCCCAGGAGCUGCUGAACAACAGUGUUCAACAGAUGGAAGCGCAACAAGAUGCGCUUACUCAACUGGAGGCAGCCUUGCACCAAGCUGAACGGGCCAAUGAGCAGCUUCGCACGGAGUACUCGGAGUACAAGCUUAAGGCACAGGCGGUGCUGAGGAAACAGCAGAACCGGGACUCAGAUAAAGAACAAUACCUCGAGGCAGAAUUGGCCGCAAUGCGAGCGAAUGAAGAGAAACUGCGCGAAAGCAGGGAUGCGAGUACGCUGCGAAUCAGUCAGCUCGAAUCUCAGCUGGAAGAUCUGCAGCGCGACAACACACAUCUGCUAGAGCGCAGUCGAGAGCUUCUGGCCGUGAUCGAUGAACUGAAAUCUCAAAAUGAGGCCCUUACGCAGGAGAAUCAACGACAGCUGCAACUGCAGCAGCAGCAACUGGUGCAACAUCGCCUGCAGAUCGAGCAGAUGGAUGAUGUGCAUCAGAUGCGUGUUGCGCAGCUGCAGCAACAGGUCGAACAGCUCGAAAAAGCAAUAACCACCAAUCCGACAGCCGCACCAGCGCCUGUGCCGGCAAUAGCGAGCCUCGAGUCCACCAGCCCAGAGCAGAGCAAAAUUGAUUUCCUGUUGGAUCACGACACCAGCGGAGAAACACUUGCACAGCUGGCAGCACAGCGCAAAAUUUCUACUGCCUCACGUCGCUCGCACGACUUUAUGCCCCUGGAUGAGCUGUUGAAUACAUCCCUCAAUGCCAUAAAUAGCGAUCAGGUCACGACAAUUUCUAACUUUGGACGCAGCGUCAGCACGCAGGACGAUGAUUUGGAGUUAGGUGGGGGUAGUGAAACGCAAGCGGCACUUGCCGCCACCAAAGAGCGUUUAAGCAUACAGGAAAGCCGCGUCCGUCAUCUGACCACGUUACUGGCUGAGAAUGAGCAGGAUCUGGCCAAACUGACGCAAAUGAAUGAUAUGCUGAAAGAGGAACUUCGUCGUCAGGAACGAUCCGAAGAGCGGGAACAGCACAUGCACAAUUCAGAAUAUCUGAAAAACGUAUUCCUAAAGUUUAUCACGUUGUCCAACUCGGAUGAGCGACAACGCUUGGUGCCCGUGCUUAACACGAUUCUCCGUUUGAGUCGCAGCGAGGUGGAGAUGCUUAACUGCGUUGCCAAGGGACAGAAAGUUUCCACAGAUGGUAGCAAUCGCAGCUGGACGGGAUUCUUGAGUGCGUGGAGUGGAGGCGGCAAUUCGGCCAGUACUAACAAUAACAAUUAGCCGUCGUUUUGGUAAUUUGGUUUUAUUGGUAUUAUACUUACUUAUUAAGGGAGUCGGAGCAGCUGUUAUUGGCUAGUUAAUCUGUAUGUGUGUACUACGUUGUGUAAAUCUUGUAUAUGAUUAUUGUCACCAAAAUUGUAUUUAUGUACAUUCUAAUCGAUUCCGUUGAACUUCAGAUAUAGUCCUGUCCUUUAUAAAUAUAUAAAUAUACAUAUGCCAUAGAGCGCCCUAUACAGUUCUCUAUAAGCAAUAUACAUACAUAUGU